GAACUGAAGGACCCAAUUUUGUUCCUUCAUAUUGUCAGAGUACCUGCUGAAGUGAUAAAAGUAUUAGUGAAUACCAGAAAUUAUUCAAAUGCGUUAUCAGCACCAUUAAGAGAAUAAAGCAUCCCUCAAGGUGGUUAGAUACUUGUUGUUCAAUAAACAUGAAUACCCAGAUGGAUGAAACGAAUUCAAAAACGAAUACUGAAGACGUUGACUGAUUUACUUCUCCUAUACAAAAAUCUCUCAGUAAUAUUUGUAUGGUUUAAAUGUAGGUUGAUACAUAUAAUACGUAUAAUGAGUUUUUCGAAUAAAGUGAAAUUGAUGUGAAAAUAUGAACAUUCGGGAUUAUUCAAAUCCGAAUUCGCAUUCAUAGACAAUGACGACCAAAAUCUCGAAGAAGAAUGGGAUCAGCAAACCGAAAAUUUCCAUUAAUUUAACAAAGGUGGCAAUUUCCACUUUAGAAACCUUAAAAGCAGGAAAUUUGAGAAAUGUGGUUGUUGUCGGAAACUUCAUUGAAAAUAAGGCGAGUCUGCUGAAAGAGCUAAAAAAUUUAUCAAGCCCACCGAACAGUUCAGCCACGAAGAAAAAGUCUCCAGGCCUUCUCAAAGAAAAACUGGAGAAGGCAUCACGUAUGAAGAGUAUUUUAGAAGAGGCUGUACAAGGGGAUGCAGGAAAAGCGCAUAACGAAUUGGCAGAAUUAUGUGAAGAGAGGAAAAAACAAGUUGAAUUCAGCACCAUUGAGAAAAUAAUGCAUCCCCCAAGGUGGUUAGAUACUUGUUCAAUAAACAUGAAUACCCAGCUGAAUGAAAAGAAGUGGCAAACGAAUACUGAUGAAGACAUUGACUGA